AUGGUAAUCUGUGGUACAGAUCUUUUUUCAUCCAUUUUACCUUAUGUUCACGUACUUUCAUCAUCAUCAUUAUCAAAAUCAACAUAUUGUUCGCAAUGUUUGAUUUUAUCAACUGAUUUAAAACGUUGUUCAAAAUGUCAUCAAAUAUCUUACUGUUCAAUAUCAUGUCAACGACAAGAUUGGAUAUAUCAUAAAUAUGAAUGUAUACAUUUACAUACUAUAACAGAUGAAUAUGAUUUAACACGACUUUUUUUACGUUUAAUAAUACGUUAUAAAAAUGAUAAUGGCAUUGAAAAUUCUUCGACAAAACGUUGUUUAAAUGAUCUUAAAACACAUGAAAAUGAAAUACGUCAUGAUAAACGACGUUAUACAAUAUUUCAAUUAAUAUAUCAACGUUUAAAACAAUGGAAUUUAUUCGAUCAAUUAGAUGAAUUAAUAAUUUUUCAACAAUUUUGUCGUUUAAUUAUUAAUACAUUGACAAUACAUGAUACAAUUGAUUUAAAAUGUAUUGGUUAUGGUUUAUAUUUUAAUGCAACAAUAUAUAAUCAUUCAUGUAGUCCAACAUGUCAUACAGUAUUUAAUGGUAUAUAUUUAUCAAUUCGAACAUUAUGUGAUGAAUCUAGUGAUGAAUGGACAAUAAAUUAUAUUGAUCUAUUAGAAUCAUAUCAAAAUCGACAAGAUUAUUUACAUGAAAAUUAUUAUUUUAAUUGUCAAUGUAAACGUUGUUUAAAAAAUGAUAAAAAUGAAUUAAUUUUAUUAGAAAAAAUUCGUUAUAAUGAACAACAAAUGGAUAAAUUCAUAGAUAAAAAUGAAUUCAAUAAUGCAUAUCAAAUAAGUAAAAAUUUAUCAGAUUAUUAUAAUGAAAUUUUACCAUAUUAUCAUGCUUAUGUAUCAUUACAUCAUGUUAAACAUCUUAAAUUAGAAUUAUACUUAGCUGAAACAAUUUCAAAUCUUAUUCUUCAAUCAACAAUAAAAAAUACUUGUCAAAGAGUACAAAUAUCUAUGGGAGAAAAACAUCCAUUAACACAAGAAACAAUAAAUUUAUGUGAACAUUAUAAACUAGAAAUGACGAUGAAACAAAAACAAAUUAAAUGA